CGCGCGUGCCGCUCCCCCCACGGCGGUCCGUUCCUGACCGCCGGAACAGUCAAUUGAACACGGGAACUGUGCAAGGUCGAGAGCAGACAGCUUAAUACUGUUCUGCGUAAGUUUGGUGUGUGUGGCGGGGUGCAGGCUGGGUGCGGCAUGAUGGCGGGCGGCGGCGGGGCGGCGACGGCUGUCCUGUCCUCAGACAUCAGCCGCCGUAACCCCCAGGACGAGUAUGAGCUCAUCCAACGCAUCGGCAGUGGCACCUACGGCGAUGUUUACAAGGCAAAACGUCUCAUCACUAAUGAGUUCGCUGCAAUUAAAGUCAUCAAGUUGGAGCCAGGGGAUGACUUUACCAUAAUACAGCAGGAGAUAUUGAUGAUGAAAGACUGCCGACACCCAAACAUAGUGGCAUAUUUUGGGAGUUAUCUUCGUCGAGACAAGCUUUGGAUAUGUAUGGAAUUUUGUGGUGGUGGAUCAUUGCAAGAUAUAUACCACAUCAUUGGUCCCCUUCAAGAACGGCAAAUUGGAUACAUGUGUCGGGAAACGCUUAGAGGUCUAGAAUAUCUUCAUCGCAUGGGAAAAAUGCAUCGAGACAUUAAGGGAGCAAACAUUUUGUUGACGGAGAAUGGGGAUGUGAAGCUUGCGGAUUUUGGUGUAUCUGCUCAAAUUACAGCCACAAUUAGCAAGAGGAAGUCGUUUAUUGGAACACCAUACUGGAUGGCUCCUGAGGUUGCAGCAGUUGAACGAAAAGGAGGUUACAAUCAACUGUGUGAUAUUUGGGCUGUUGGAAUAACGGCCAUUGAGCUAGCAGAACUUCAACCGCCAAUGUUUGAUCUUCAUCCCAUGCGGGCACUAUUUCUCAUGUCUAAAAGUGGCUUUAAGCCUCCAACGCUAAAAGAUAAAUCCAAAUGGACUCAAAAUUUUCAUCAUUUUGUAAAGCUGGCCCUAACAAAAAAUCCCAAGAGAAGACCAACAGCUGAUAAGUUACUUCUGCAUCCUUUUGUGGCAGCAGAUCUGCCAAAGUGGCUGGCAGUGGAGCUGUUGCAAAAGGCUCAUAAUCCUCAACACUCAUUCCCACCUGAGUUAGAGAUGGAUGAAGAUGGAGCUGUUACUAAUGUUCCUCAGAGAAUAACCUCCAGAACACCGACACGACCAAAACAAAGAACCAAGUCUGAACUACACAUGGAAUCGGUGAACUUUGAGCCUCCACUAGUCACAGAGUUGAAUGCUGAACCACCACCCGCCCGGUACCCGGCUGCAGGUCAGCCGUGGGACUCGGCUAUGGAGGAAGGAGAGAUAUCGCUGGAUAAUCAUGAUGUAGCAGAAUCUUGGAUGGAGAACGACCCUGAUAGUGAAGUUAAAACCAAUCUGACCUGGACCCAGUCACUGCCCAGCACACGGAGGGGCAGAGGGGGGCACAGGGACAUCACUACAAAUGGCUCUAAUGAAAAUGGUGGCUAUCUGAGACUUAAUGCAGACGGAAGUGAUAGAGACUAUGCAAACUUACCUCCACUUAACUUGUCCUACCAUUCAGACACAACCUGUAUUAACUCGCCAAGUUUCUUCCCUGGUUCCCCACAAAUUUCUGAUUCCCAAAGGUCAGAGAGGGGUAUGGAGAUCAGUCAUGGACAGCUUCCAACCAAUUAUUCUCAUGAUUAUUUCUUAAAUAAUUAUUAUAAUCAUAGGGAGCAGGACAGGGAAUACUCUUACUUAGAUGGAAACAGUGAAUACUCUGUACCUGACCAUGAUGAUAAUGAUUACAUGACAACUUCUUUUAUCCUAAAGAAUGAAGACGUUCCAUAUCAUGAUCCCACUUGUACUGUUGUUGACUGUCAGAGACCAAGUUGCCUCAUACCAGACUAUUCUGAAGACACAACCAUACCCUAUCAUUCACUAACCUCACAUGACCAAUCUGACCAAGAGACUGAACGACCCACUCGAUCCCGUUCCCGUUCCCGACACCACAAACGACAUCGCCACCGAUCGAAGAGUGAUAUGGGCUCCUUGAAUGCCCCCCAACAAGCCCCCCCAUCAUUCCGGGAUGCCCAGGAAGCCCCUCCCCCUACUGAGGGAGCACAAGAUACCCUCAGACGGGAGAAACGCCCUCUCUCAGGCUCAGAUGUUCUGCGAAUGUCUCCAAGGAGCCUAUUGCAGUAUAUUGAUGAAGAGUUGCGAAUGAGGGGGCACAGCGAUCGUCUUUCUGACUUGGACGUGGACAUGACCUACUCCUCGCAAGCAACUCUUCCAGUGGGUAUGGAUGAGACAUCCAUCAAUGAAGCUAGUCAAGCCCUCGAUGAGGCCAAUCACAACAGUAGAUACAGCAAGUCGUCAUCGCCUGGUCGAGAUCGAGGACAUGCACGAAGACAUUCCAGUGCAGAAGCCCAUCAUGAGGAAGGAGAAGAGUUGACUGAUCAGACUGCCACAUUGACGUUAACGUCAGCAACGGCUCGAGCUCGGGCUCAGAGUGAUAGUCAACAUGAUCGCAGACGAGAUGGAACCAAGGAAAAUGGACAGGCAGGAGGUAGUGGAGGAGAGGAUGAAGAUAGUGGGACACCCCCUGUUCCUCCACGGAGAAAAGAUAAACGCAGGCACAAUACCCCUCCAAGACCGCAGUCUAAUGGCCUUCCACCCACACCGAAAGUUCAUAUGGGUGCCUGCUUCUCCAAGGUGUUCAAUGGGUGCCCACUUCACAUACAUUGUACAGCCUCUUGGAUCCAUCCAGACACUCGUGACCAGCACAUUCUCAUAGGAGCAGAAGAGGGAAUAUAUACACUCAAUCUCAAUGAGUUACAUGAAGCUGCCAUGGAACAGCUCUUACCUACUAGAACGACAUGGAUGUUUGUCAUUAAAGAUGUGCUCAUGACAAUAUCAGGAAAGGGGCCAUACCUCUAUCGUCAUGAGCUGAUUGGACUUCACAAUCGGCAUUUACACAAAUUUUCUUUACCGAUGAAUAAAAUUCCAGAAAAAUUUUUGCCAAGAAAAUAUACCAUCACCACCAAGGUUCCUGAUACAAAAGGCACACUACGUUGUUGUGUAGGACGCAACCCAUACAAUGGCUACAAGUACCUGUGUGGUGCCACCAACUCCUCUUUGUACCUGAUGCAGUGGUAUGAUCCACUCAAUAAGUUUAUGCUCCUUAAGCAAAGCGAGUGCUACUUACCCCAUCCCCUUAGAGUAUUUGAGAUGAUAAUCACACCCGACUUAGAAUACCCGCUCAUGUGUGUGGACGUAAACCGGAGCUAUGGGGCAGAAGAUGUCCUUCGCCACAGCCUUAUCAACCUCAACACGGGAACUACUUGGACUCCAGAUGAUGAUGAUGAUAUGGAUGGAAUGGCAACUGUUGUUCCUAGGCAUAAUCUUAAUGUAAAAAAUGUUACUCAAAUUGAAAAAGAUGCAAUUCUAGUCUGUUAUGAAAACGUGGUAAGGGUAGUCAAUUUGCAGGGAAAAAUUAAAGAACGCAAAAAGCAAACUUCAGAACUUCAGUUUGAUUUUACAAUUGACUCAAUAGUGUGCUUAACAGACAGUGUACUAGCAUUUCAUGAACAUGGGAUGCAAGGCAGAAGCUUCAAGAAUGGUGAAAUAACUCAAGAGAUAAUUGACAAUUCACGGCUUUUCAGGUUACUAGGCUCUGACAGAAUUAUCACCUUGGAAAGCCGGCCGUCAUCAAUGCUAGAGUGUGACAGUGGAACUAUGGCAGAGGCCAAUCAGGGAGUGAACCUCUAUAUUCUGGCAGGUCACGAGUCUAGUAUGUACUAGACAACACAUACUUUAUUACGUAGUGGUAAACAUAAGACCUAUGUUGAGAAAACACUGCAAUGAGUUUUGAAGUGACCUAACGUGAUUCCGAUCACAAAGAUACUACAUUAAGUGCUAAUGUAUCGAGUACUGUACUUCUCUCUGAUUACGGAAAGCUGAAAAAGUUUAUUUUUUUAUUUUAUUUUAAUCCACAUUACUGUUUUCUUGGUAAAUAUAUGCAAAUGAUGGUUUAUAAAAUUAUAUGGGCACAUUAUCAUGUGUGGCUGAGACUCGA